AUGGAUUUGGAGAAAGGUGAUUUCCAACCCAGCGUCACGCGACCGAAAACAGAAGUCCCAGCGCCGUUACCAGAAUCAUUCCACCCUUUCUCGCUGGCAGCCUACCCAGACGAUUUUUGGGCUCGACUUGAGUUGCGAAACUGUUUCAAGAGCGUUGAGUCAUUAAUCAAGGUUGAAUGCAUUGAUGUAGACUCGUCUCAGCGGACGACCGCCGGGAAGUUCUCAUCCCUGGCUGAACUGCAGUUGUAUACCAGCCAAUCUACCACUAGCAAUCAUGGGAUCCGAGUCAUAUCCAUUUGCCAAGCAAACUCUUGGAAGCCCCUUAACGUCACGAGGGAAAUGUUCAGAAGUAUUGUGGGCUUUACAGCUGUCUCCCCCGAGUUCCUCGACAUUGCCCUAGGUUUCUAUCAGCGGGAUGUCGCUGUUGAAGAGGCAUUCAGCAGCGCACCACUGUACAAGUGUAACGCCGAGAGCAUCGGACAUAUCACCAACGAUUAUGCAGAAGUUGCGUACAUUUGCAAAUACGCCUUCUUUAAACCCAAUGAAGAAGGAAAAGACCCUUGGUCCCUUCGCCAAACAGGAGUUUACCAAAAAUACGACCUGAAAACGAAAAGUGCAACCUGGAUCUUCUUGCAUCCAACCAAUGUGUCAGUCUUCCAAACUCGACUGAACCAGAUAUUGAAGUCGACAGAAGGAAGUCGCAAGAUCCAGGAGCACCCGCUCCUUCUUCAUAAUAUUCUCUUCUCGAGUGUCUUUCCUCAAUGGAGGGAAUAUCUGGCCUAUUAUGAACGCAAGAUUCUCUCUUUGUCGAAUACAACGAUGAGUGAGCAGAUACAGGAGACACUACGGGUUAACCACAAAACACUGACUUCGGUGCGUUUCAUGGAGAAUCGCUGUCUGCCACUUAGAGCUAUCCUGCCUGCUAUGGAAAAGUCGCUGCAGUCGAUACGCAGGGCAAAUGACGCAUUACUUGAAGCAGGUAUUCUAAAAAGUCCUGCAAAAGAGGCUUUGAGCCAAUUAUUGGAUAACUAUUCAUCCCAUCUGGAGGCGUAUAUACAGAAUACCUCUUUCCUGCAGAGCCGGGCCGCGCGAACAGCGGAGCUUAUCGCCGACACGCUUACUUUCAAAAACUCAUAUAGUGCUCAAUCACAGAACGAUUACAUGCUGAAGCUAACAAUGUCAACCGUGGAUGACUCAACCACGGUCCGAGUUAUAACGAUUGUAACCCUCAUAUAUCUCCCAGCGACUUUCACAGCUGUGCGUCUCCCCCUCCCCCGCAAAGAAGAAAGCCCUAGCUUGUGAGAUAUCUGUAACGCUAACAAAAUUCGUAGACCGUUCUUGGAAUGAACUCUUUCUUUGGAAUGGAUGAAAACCACAUGCUUGUAGCAUCACCGCAAUUUUGGAUCUUUGUUGUGUGCUCGGUCCCUCUUACAGCAGCAACUGUGUUAUAUUGGUGGCUGAAGAGUAGAAGGCAUCCUCGCAAAGGAGGGAAAGAUGAAGCCGCAUUGGUUGUAUAAUAAUGCCUUUCUAGAUAAGUUAAAUCAUAGAGCGGUGAAAUCGCUCCAUUUAGACUGAAGCGGGAAAAUCUUCGCAAGAUUGGUUUACAUCUUCAUCUACUUCCUGGUCCUCCAGCCAAUUAUAUGACUGGGCCACUGGCU